AUGGCAGCAGAAAUGGAUAAGAAACACGAUCCGAUCUUGGAGUCUGUGGAACCGGCUAUCGAGACCAACAUCGAGAAAGGAGAUGUCUCGAGCGAUCUUGAUCUCCUGGCCCAAUUGGGCUAUAAGCAAGAACUGAGACGUCACUAUUCGACGACUCAGGUUUUUGCUAUCGCUUUCAGCAUCAUGGCCCUGUUGCCAUCGAUUGCCUCAACUCUAGCGUUUUCCAUGCCAGCUGGACCUGUGGGGAUGGUUUGGGUAAGCAUUCACCCCCUCUUUUUGGCCAUUCUUUGUUCUCGGAUCAUUGCUAAUUCUGGUUGGCUAGCUGCGAGCUUCUUCAUCAUGCUUGUCGGUCUUGCUAUGGCCGAUUUGGCUUCAGCAAUGCCGACAGCCGGAGGUCUAUAUUUCUGGACACACUAUUUCGCAAGUGAUAAAUGGCGCAAUCCGUUGAGUUUCGUCGUCGGAUACAGCAAUACCCUCGGUUUGGUGGGCGGUUUAUGUUCAAUCGACUAUGGGUUUGCUCUAAUGCUGCUCUCGCUCGUCUCAAUUGCAAGAGAUGGUGAAUGGUCAGCCUCUCGCCCAGUUAUUUAUGCGACUUACCUCGGAACCGUUGUCAUACAUGGUGUUAUGGCCACAUUCAUGGGUCGUGUCAUGAAUCACAUCCAGACAAUCUGUAUCGUCCUCAACGUCGGUCUGGUGGUGGCAACUGUAAUUGCUCUUCCGUUGGGCAACGUACACAAUGGACUCCCCAUCAACUCCGGCGCAUAUGUGUUCGGCGACGUGGAGAAUCUUACAACAUGGUCUAGUGGGUGGGCAUUCAUGCUCGCCUGGCUGUCGCCCAUCUGGACUAUCGGCGCAUUCGACUCGUGCGUGCACAUGAGUGAAGAGGCAACGCACGCAGCCCGAGCUGUCCCGCUUGGAAUCAUUCUCUCCAUCGGGCUUUGCGGUAUCUUGGGAUUUUUGUCGUUGGCUGUCAUGGCUGCUUGCAUGGACCAGAAUAUCAGCAAUGUGCUUGGCUCUGCCUUUGGACAACCCAUGGCUCAGAUUUACUAUGACUCUCUAGGAAAAUCGGGCGCGUUUGGUUUUAUGGCCGUUGUUGCGAUUGUUCAGUUCUUUAUGGGCUUGAGUAUUUUGGUUGCCGCAUCUCGUCAAACCUGGGCAUUUUCCCGAGAUGGUGCUCUCCCCUUCUCCAGCUUCUUCAGACACGUCAGCAAACGCAUCCAAUACCAACCCGUCCGAACAGUCUGGGGUGUCGCGAUCAUCUCCAUCAUCAUCGGACUGCUCACUCUGAUCAACGCCGCCGCAUCGAACGCCCUCUUCUCCCUUGCCGUUGCCGGUAACGACGUUGCUUGGGGCGUACCCAUUCUGUGCCGUCUGAUCUGGGGUGAUAAGACGGGUAAAUUCCGUCCUGGCGAGUUCUAUACUGGAGUGUUCAGUAAACCGAUUGCUUACUCGGCGGUUGCGUAUCUUAUUUUUGCCAUUGUGCUAUGCAUGUUUCCGACGGGGGGACCGGAUCCGACUGCGGACGAGAUGAAUUACACUAUUGCGAUCAAUGGUGCUAUCUGGAUCGGCGCAGCACUGUAUUAUUUCCUAUUCGCCAGAAAGUGGUACACGGGACCAAAGUCAACCGUUGCUUAG